GGGGUUGCCCUUCGAUCCGAUCUGACCGGCUUCGGUUUAUUGCCGCGUUCUGGACACGCCAGAAUCUGCCAUGUACACACAAACACACACCGGAUGGACCACCGAAACAGGUUCGGCUUAUAUCAACAAGAUCGCUGAAUGAUCGCUAUAUAAGAAGACGACCAUCACUGAGCUUCUUAUUAGUCACGAACAGAGUGCGUUAAAAGUUGGAUCAUUUCGGUUCGUUAUUGUUUCACGAUGGCAAAGUUUUUGAUGUCGUCCAUUUUCCUGCUGGUUGUCGUCGUAAUGGUGGUUAGCGCCCAAGGUCCUGGAGGAUUUGGAGGUCAGGGCGGCGGAUUUGGAGGUGGACACGGUGGCGGUGGACACGGUGGCGGCGGACACGGUGGAGGGCACGGCGGUGGCUUCCAACACGGUGGGGGACACGGGGGUGAGCACGGAGGUUUCGGAGGCCAGAGCAACUUUGGAGGCCAAGGGCACGGGCAUGGGGGCGGCGGUCACGGUGGCGGUCACGGUGGCGGUCACGGCCACGGGUACAAGAAACACGGAUACUAGGCAUAUUUGAAACUACGAAAUAAAUGUUGGUUUACUGUUAUC